GUUAUGUUACACGAAUUCGUAAAUUUUCAUGGGUAGAGCUGUCGAAGAAAGAAAGUAGUACGGUAGAUGAGUUGGAGAAGUGGACAAAUAGUAAUGCAGAUUAUGAUGAAGGGCGUAACUUUAUUCGGACAUGUGGUAUUGUGAGCUUUUCAGGUGCAGUGAAUAUUCGAAAAGCUAAUCUUGCUAAAAUCCAUUCGAUUACGUGA